GUAAAAAGUAAUGCUACGAUUUUCGAUUUUUGAAUUUGGCAACUUUUUCAAACUCAAAGUCAUCGUUCAAUCAUCCUCGUUCCUGUUCCUGCUUUUCAUCGAACUCGACAGACUAUUAAUUGCAUCGAACUGCUACUCGCACCUUAGCUAUUUUUAGCGAAGCACGACAGGUUCAAUACUCUAUUAACCAACCAAUUAAGAUGAUAAGCGACAACGCAAAAAUAGGAACUGGGCUGUUGGCGGGGGUGAGUAUGUUUUAUAUCUAUUUUUAUCUGAUUGCUGUUCUGUUCUACCAGCAGCCGAGAAAUGAUGGACGGCCCAGUCCUUUGUGAAUCGGUUGUGUCAAAGAAUGGUCGAUGAUUAUUGUAUUGUUUGUUGACAACCAACAUCCAAUACCCAACUCUAACGGAUAUCGUGUUUUACAGGGAGUAGCAUGCCUCUUUUUGGGUAUUAUGUUCUUCUUCGAUCCUGCCCUGUUGGCAAUCGGGGAUGUUUUAUUUCUGAUUGGACUCACGCUGACGAUUGGUAAGUCUUGUUUGGUAUUGUAUACAGAACGAGGAACACAAAACUCCGUCGGCUAUUUCGAUAAGAAAAUAAGACCGUAGAGUAUUCGUCACUAAUUCGAACGAUUUUUUCCCUGCCUGUCUUUCUUUUUAUACCCUACGGUACCAUUUUCUCGCUUGACGCCACAGGCCCUUGGAGGACCCUCCGAUUCUUCUCUCGAUCGGAUCGCAUUCGAGGUGAGUUUCGCUACUUAUCCAUCGUUUCUUUGUUUUGUAGGACGGUCAAAGAAGUCGGACCUCGUCAACUUUCUGAUCGUGGUCGUCCCCGUUUGAUUUUCGUUCUGUCAGGUAUCAUUAGUUUCUUUGGUGGAGUCAUUCUGGUGAUGAUGAGAUGGGGAAUGAUAGGGAUGAUUUGCCAGCUAUAUGGACUGGUGUAUCUUUUUGGUCAGUUUUUUCCGAUUAUCUCGCAAUCCAUGCAGAAUACACCAAUCAUCGGAGACAUUUUGAAAAUCCAAGCGGUGGAAGACUUCUUUUCGAACUUUGGAGGAGGAAGUUCUCGACGAGCUCCAGUUUGAGCAAUGCGGGUGCCGUAUUAAAAUUGUUGUCUUCGCAAGAAGAGGAAGGAAGAUCGUACCAUUAUCAGAAAAGAGCUGCCGCGGAUAAUUAUUUAAAAUCAUUAUUAGAGCUAGCGGUGUAUAGAAAUUAAGAAUCUUGUUCUAUCGGAAAUCCAUGAAGCAACAUUGCAGGAAAAACUCUGGAACUCAAAUCAUCAGGGCUGUCGGGUCUGCUCUGACAAUUUCAAAAAUGUCAUUUAGUUCCUUCGCUUCCUUCGUUUCUGCUGCGUGAAUAAUUGCCAGUCGUUCUUUUUCCAAAGCCUCGGACGUCAUGCUCAAAUUACGACUUCGAAUAUUCGCGGGUUCGGGGCUAGUAUCAUCCACAGAACAUGGUUUCAAGCAACAUCGAAAAGCCACAAUGUGUAAUGGCAACAUCCCAUCUUUGUCUGGGCACUUGAUCGAGUUUGGAUUCGCAUCGAAAAGACAGGACAGACCAUUCUCCCAAUCCUUAUUCGCCAUGCAAGCUAGAUGCAAAGGUAACCGUCCAUCGUUAUCGGCUACUAAGGCGGCCUGUGGGUGAAGUUCUGCGAGUUUUGAAAUCAAUUCUUCGUCCGAGCUCUCAGAAGAUGCAGCCAUGUGAAGCGCGUACCAGCCUCUCCUAUUCCGCUCGGUUUGUUUGACAGCGACCCGGAAUGCAUCGUGAAUCAGCUCGACACUCUUCCAAGAAUGCCCAGACUCGCAUGCUAGAUGCAAUGGAUAAAAUCCUUUCCGAUCAGCCUGGCGAGCUGCCUCGGGGUAAGCCUCCGCAAGUUUGCCAAUCAUGGUGAAAUCUGAAUCGACAUUCUGCGCAGCAAAGUGAAGGGGGAAUCGUUCGUAGCAUUUUACCCCCGCACGAUGUUCAGCGGCAUCGGGGUUCGCAUCGAACAGUGUUUGGGCCUGCACAUCCCAGCCACCACCAUUUUGGGCCAAUAGAUGUAGUGGUAGGCAGCCAAAGUGAUCGGGUAUUCGGGCAGCAUCUGGAUAUUCCCGUAGCAGAUUACAUAUUACGGACCUCGAGACGACAGAAUCGUUCCCAAUGUUUUUGUUGAAGUAUGCAAUAGCUUUCGACGCCCUAUGAAGGGGAAGUCUUCCAUUCGUGUCAAUCGCCAUUAUCGCAUCUUUGUUGGAACCGUAGACUUCAUCUACAAAAAUCCAUUCAGAUUUGAACUUGUUUUCGGAAAUCAUAUGAAGCGGUGUGCUGCCUUCAGAAUCGACCCUCUUUACGGCACUAGAAUUGAGCGAAAGCAACUGCGUUAUGACCUUUCUCCCCGGUUCGCCACCGCAAUUAGAUGAAGCCGCAAGGUGCAAAGCAGUUAGAUUCGAAGGAUUACACUCACUGCUACCUUUUGAUUUGUUGUACACACGAUCUGUACGCCUCAGAUCAUUGCUGUCCAGUUCGAAAGCCUGUUCUGGAUGAAGACUGAAUGCCAAAAGAAAGAGAGUGUAGUGGCAUUUUAUGGCCGAUACAGCAUGCAGCACCCUCCAUUUUCGUUCGUGUCGUGUAUCUUUUUUCUCUUCUUCAUCUAUGCGGAGUCGCUCUACCAAUUCCCAGUCUUCUUCUAGUCGAAACCCGAAGGCAGCCUUUAAAAAUCUAUUGACUCUGUUCCAUCGUUCUAAAACUUUCGGCUGUCGUUCCAGCCGCUGUCUCACCAAUUUCGAGUUUUUGAUGCGAUCUUCUAGAUUGAGUUGGGCAUUCAUGCCAAACGACCAAUUCCUAAAGCUGGCGUUGAAAUCUAUGUUCUGAUUUUCUUCGGUCCCCACCAAAAUUUGUUGCAAGGUCUUCUUUCCUACGGAUUUCUCAGCCCAGUCGUUCCACACCAAUGCCAGCGGCGAAUCCGCAUUCCGAUCUUCCUCCAAGACCGCCGACGGGUCCUUUUCGAUCAAAAGACUCGCCACGCCGGUAGGUGCAUCGUAUCGCACGGCGUAAUAUAAUGGCGAUCGACCC